AUGCCUCUCGUUGUGUCAAACGUCAGCAAUGACCAGCAAGCAGACUGGUCAACAAAACUGCUCGGCAAGAAGCUAACGCAAUCAACAUCAGACACAGCGUCAUUCGCAAAGAAAGAUCUGCCCCCUUCCCACCGUGUGGUUGAACCGGGAAUGAUGAUGACGAUGGAUCAUAUACCAGAGAGGUAA